AUGACGUAUACUGCCGCUGAUGUCAAGAAUUUGGCCCCUUUAAUGAUCUCAAAAAGACUCUUUUGCAAGUCUAAGGAAGCCAUAGAUGAAGUCACCGAAAGCGUUAAAUCACAAAACACUACACAAAGCGUUGCAGGUAGAGAGAAUAUCGAGAGUUGUGAUCAAUAUCCUGAUUCUGAUUGUGAAGUUGAUUACAAUUCAGGUAUUGAGUUUGAUGCUACUUCAAACAAAGGUGUUAAACAACCGACAGAAAGCGAGCUAUUGGCAAGGGAACUCAGAGACAAGGCGAGAGCAAGAACAAGAACAAAAGAGAGAAUGAAAUCAAAGCAAGUGUAUGAACCAAACCCUAAUGAUGAUUAUGAUCAGCCACAAUCAGGGUUUUCAACAAACCCUAAUGAUGAUUAUGAUCAACCACAAUUAGGGUAUUCAGAAAACCCUAAUAAUCCCUACACUGAAGGUUCAUCAAGUUCCCACCUUAAAUAUUCUGGUACGCAUCACUUCUUUGACCAUACACAUCUGAAUAAUGUUGCUCCAAGCUCAUCAGCAUAUUUUUGAUGAUAAAAGAGUUUAUGUAUUUGAGAUUUGGGGAUUUUUUUUUGUUCAGAUGAUCUGGGUUUUUUUUUUUUUUUUUUUUUUUGUUCAGAUGAUUUCGUAAGGCUAGAUGUUCAGAUUUGGGGAUUUUUUGUUUGGAGAUGAUUUUGGUGAUGGUGGAUCGAAGGAGUGGAUGUUGAUGGUGAUGAUGGAGACGGUGGAGUGUGAUGGUGGGUCAGGCGAUGGCGGAGAUAGUGGGUGGUCGGCGGCAGGUGAGGGUGGGAGGUGGUGGUGGUCGGCGGCAGGUGAGGGUAGUAGGUGGUGGCAAGUGGUGGGUCUGAACUUUUGAAGAUGGUGGGGUAUUAAUUUUACAAAAAUGCCU